AUGGCGGAGACGCCGAAACGUACAGAAUGCGUCGUAUAUGAAUGGAUCGAAUCAGUCAAACAUAAGUACGAUCAGCUGGCAGCACCAACAAUUUAUCACAUAAAGAAGCAAACCAAGGAAAUUACAGGUGUGAUAGUUAUGGAUGAUGCGAGUGAGAAAGGGAUUCAGCAUGACGGUUACAAACAGUUAUCGGUGGAGCUUGUAAGAGACCUCAUGCGACAUCUAGCUUACCUGCAUACUACUUCAACACAGCGACUUGACCAUUUUGCUACGAUAACAGAACUACCUCCUCCUUACUACACUCAUUUGACUGCGCAUUACAAUGAAAUGGUGAACUUUUUCGAACACCAUGAUGUGGAUCACUCCCGCUUUGUUGUAAGUUUUUUGCUUAAUUAA